CGUUCUUUCAGUGUUGUUUUCGGUUUUCUCGUAUCGGCACGGGUUUUCAUUACCCACAUUGGAAUUAUCGGUUAAUAUUGUGUUAAAUUGAAAUAGAUAUUAUUAUUUUACCUCGAGUGGGAAUGAUAAACUAAUUUAAAGUAUUACAAUUCAUCAAAAUGUUGAAGUUUCCAUCGUUUCACACACGUUGCUUCCAAAUACUGUCGGAGUCCCGGUUAAUCCGAGCCGGAUCAUGCGGCUUGCGUCAUCAUCGGAUGGUGAGAUUCGUCCAUACCCAAUCUGCUGGCCUUUGCAACCGCGAAGAUGAUCUCCCGAUAGGAGUCGAAACUAUUACGGACCCGAUAAAGGUACAAAGGGCAACUACUCUGUGGAAGAAGGAGGAGCUUUUAGAUCGCAUGAAUGACCUACUUCAUUGCAACCCGGAGGACUUGGAGCGGGUUUACAAGGUGAACAAGAAAACGCUGAAAACUGUUCCUCCCAAACUAAUUACGGAUAACAUCCGGCUUCUGUUGGAACGAGGGGUCAGCGAGAAAUCUAUACUUAAUCAUCCGAAGAUACUUUCGAUCAACUAUGAUGAAUUGGGAAAUAAGCUGGAUUGCUUGAUGAAUUUCAAGGAUUUGCAAGACAUAAAUCACGUGGUCCCGUUCUUGAGCAUUCCCAUGGAUGUACUCGAAAGGGUUAUUGAAAUUUCUCAAAAUGAAACCAUCGAGCAUGGGAAUAGAAUUUACUAUUUAAAUGCAAAAACGGGAGUGGAUUUUGAAACGAUAAGCCGCUACUUUGCCACCAGUAUUCGGGUCUAUAGGAUUGCGUUGGACAAGUUCAAAUCAAACCUCGACUACUGCCUGCAGCAUCUUGAACCUUCGGAUAUAGUGAAACAUUUAUCAGUUCUAGCAUAUGCCAGCUCUUCAAUUGUCGAAAGACUGCAAAUGUUGAAGAAUUCACCGCUUCAAAAAAUUAAACCCUGGAUGGUGAGGGUACCCAAUUUGGCACUGGAAAAAUCAUUCGAAAAGGUGAUCGAGAAAGGUGCUAACCCGUCCUUCAAAGAUCCGAUAACUGAAAUGUGGUUUGAGAACCAUGUUCUUAAAAGGGUGGAAUGUUUGCUCGAGUGUAGCGAAGAAGAGGCAAAAAUCUGCUACGAUGCUUGCAAGGGGGCGGUUUCAUUGUUGGAUAAUGUUGAACAGCUGCUGGAAAAACAGAUAACAAAAGAAACUAUUUUGCGAAACCCCACAGUGCUGAUGGCGAAGAAGGAAGAACUGGCAACGAAAAUAUUGAAACUUACAGAACUAACAGGAUUGAGAGAUAUGAACGAUAUGAUUCCACUCUGCACGCUCAAACCUUACCAAGUGAUAAAAAUCGUGAACUCGAUGAACAGCGAAAGCCUUCCAAAUAACAGCAAUCGAAUUUAUCAUUUCGCAGAUAAGACCAAAAUCCCCCCGGCCGAUGUAGCCAAACAGUUUGCCCGUAGAACGUUUAUGUUCCGCAUUCCGAAGGAAAGCUUCAUGGAGAAUCUGGAUCAUUUUGUUGAAAACAUGGACAGCGAAGAUGUCCUAGCCGAUCUGUGGGCAUUUAAGUAUUCUCCGACAGUUGUCGCGGAAAGGAUAGCCCGAGCGAAAAAGGUUCGUGGCAAGAAGCUAAUGCCUUGGAUGGUGCGAUGUCCCGACACUGUCUUAGAGAAGUCUCUGCAGCUAACCAAGGAGAACGGAGAGUUGCUGGGUGAAAACGAAACCAUUGUCGAAUAUUUCGGCAAACGAUUGGGUUUCAAUCGGGACGUUACCAAUGCCAUUUUUCUGAAAACUCCGUCAGUGCGGAAUGUUCGUGUAACCAAGGUAAAAAAAGUUAUCGAUUACCUCUUGGAAGAAUUGGACUACACCCCGCACGAUAUUGCACUCAAUCCGAGAAUCUUGAUGCACAGUCUUCAAACGACCAAAAAGCGUAUGGAACAAUUGAAGCAGAUUGGGUGCCGACCUCGAUCGUUGAUCAUUGUAUGUCGAAGUAAACGGCAGUACGAUCUGUUCCUCAAGGAAUGGGAAGAAGCUAAAGAACGCAGGAAGAAAGCACUCGCCUCAAGUGGGAGCUAUUGAAAUCAAGUAUGUAUGUAUAGUUUUAGUAUGCUAGUGAAUGUAAAAUGCGUUUCCGAAA